CCAAGGAAAGAUGUUUGUCACUAUUUAAGACAAAGUUUUUCAACAUUCUACACCCUACAGGCAUGCAGUGGAAUUGCUAAAGAUUUUAAGGAAUAAUUAUUCUGAUAAUGAUGUGGACUUGGAUGUUCCUAUUUUGUGUUUGAUGACGGACGGUGGGCCGCAUCAUAGAUUGACAUUUGAAACUGUGAAAACUUCUUUGCUUCUUCUUUUCCUGCAGCUGGACUUGGAUAUGAUGAUUGCUAUUAGAACUGCACCAAACAACAGUUGGGUUAAUCCGGCAGAAUGCUGCAUGUCUAUUCUUAAUUUAGCACUCCAGCAUAGUGCUCUUGCUAGAGAUGAAAUGACACCAGAGUUAGAGAAAAUAGUAAAACGGUGCAGUUCUUUGAAUGCUAUUAGAAAUAUGGCAAACUGUAAACCAGGCCUUAGAGAGGAGUAUGACUCGAGUGAUUCACACAGUGGGAAAGCGAUUUGAAAGAAUGAAACUUAAAGGAGAACCAAUUACAGUCACUACUGGACUCAAAGAAUCCGUUAUACAGAGACGAAUGCGGAUUGUGAACGAAGUUACACAUGCAUCAAAUUCUAAAGUCAACACCUCUGCAUCGACAAAGGAUCUUCGAGAAUGUAGAGAGCUUCAAGAUUUCCUACAGAUGCAUUGUAUCAGCACCCACUACAGUUUCCAGAUAAUGAAGUGUGUAGGAGAGAAUCCUUGUCCAUACUGCACCAUGAAUCCAGCCAGACUACCUGAUGAUGUACUUACUGGUCUCUCAUUUCUUCCAUGUCCAGUACCAGAUGACAGUGGUGUUCAUUAUAAAACUUUUCAAGAGUUAAAACUAAAUUGUUUAGGUGUAUGGAAAGAACGUGGAUGA